CCCUUCGGCAGCGCUGCCGGUCCUUCUCCGCUCUGCCAGGUAACGCAGGCAUCGUGCCCUCUUCCCCCGGGGCCAGCGGCCGAGCCUGGGUCUUCCAUCCCGGCCCGGGGUGCGGUGACAGGGAACCGUUUGUUCCAGGUCCGCAGUCGCAGCGAGGAUGAACACGAGCUUCUUCCAGCUACUAAAAGCAAAAAAAGAACUCAUUCCCCUGGUUGGAGUAGUGUCCUUCGCAGCAGUUGGGGCGCUCUCUUUUUCUGCCUAUUCCCUAUUCAGCAAAUCUGAUGUGAUCGUUAACAAGAGUGGCAAUCCAGAACCCUGGGAAACUGUCGAUCCUGCCAAGCCUCAGAAGCUAUUAACGAUCCAUCAGAAAUGGAAACCUAUAGAAGAGCUGGAAAAUGUCAGAAAGCUUACGAAGUGACAAGUUUCUGUUGCCUCAAAAAGGUACCCUAUGAAUCUAGUGGAAUCACUUCUGCACAAACUUGACUACUGAAAUCAGUGUGCGGAAAUGCUUCUGCUACAUUUUUAGGGUCUCCCUACAUUUUUUGGACUCUGGAUGAGAAGUUUCAUGUUGCUUUAGAAGUUAGCAUACAACAUCCACAUAGUCCAAAAAUCUGUGUCAAAUAUUCAUUUUCAGUAGGCAUUUGAUGUCAAAUGUUGAAUAGUCAGAUGGUAAUUAUAGAUGGAAAAAGCCUUCACACUUUUUGUAGAAUUUUGUUUUUCUCAAAAUACAUUAAUUUUAUAUAUUUUUAAUAAAAUAUAUUUUAAAUUUUUACAACAUUCCAUGUAACUUCCAUAAUUGGAGAUUACCCAAAAGCCCUUCUAAAUCGGGAUUCCUGGUCUGUUCCCUCUCUAUACUGUAUUUCAAUGCUGUAUACAGACCAAACAGUCAUCAUAGCCAGGGGAUGUCUUUGUAUGGCCACAUACGCGGUCAUAAAGUAUACUUGCAUUCGUUUUCUACAUUAGAUGUGAUGACAAUUUAAGUCAAAACUAAUGUUCUACUGCUAAUACUAAAACUUACACUUGCGCUCACGUUAACGCACUGAAGAGUCCAAUAGGUUAUUUAAGGGUAUAUUUGAGACUGCAGGAUUAGAACAUAAGAAUUAAGCAUGGCUAAAAGGGAAUUGGAAAUGAGAUAAUUUCUGCUCUAUUUAAAUAUUGUGUUUAAAUUUAGAAAAAGUUACUAGAAUUAGGAAAUUUGCAUUAUCCAAAACUAAUUACAUGAUGUUAAUUUCUUUUUGUGCAAGGUAGUUCAUGUGCAAGCUCAAAUGUACUGCGCAGUUAACUAUUUUUAAACAUUUCUAGAUACAUGCUAUUAGGGGCAUCUGCUUUAACAAAGAGAAAAUAACAGAUUAAAAUUAGGAAUGAUUCCAUGAAGAGGCAGUUCCUCUUUAAGUAUCUGUGUGUUUUCUUAUGGAUUGGCCAGGGAAAGAAUGUAAUGGGCAGACCCCCCAGUAAAUCAAUGAGGCAAUAUAUGCAUCCAAUGGUAGAACAGUCCUUUUGUGGCUAUUUUCUGUAUGUGUCCCCUUCCAAGCAGUUUCACAAUGUAUUAUACAGUUUCCUUUACAAUGGAUAUUCAGAAUGCAUAUUACUUUCUGUGAGGAAGAAAGCAAAAGUGAAACAACUGCUCAUUGGAGAAAGUCCCUGUAAGUGAGUAAUAGUGAAGUGCUUUAGGUUACUCUGCUGCAGCAAAGACAAAACUUAAGUUAGUCAAGCUGUCUCCUGAAUUUUAAGGUAGCUUGGCUUCAGAAGCUUUAGGUUUUCUUGAGAUUUAUUGAUGCUGAGGAAAAAAAGUUAAAAUGUUAUUUUAUCCCAUACUUGUGUGCAGAUACAGUGUAAAUAUUUGUUUAUCAAGUAAAGAUGACUCAGCAGCAUUUAUGUUUUAGUGAGAGGAACUACACAACUUCAGAAUACGUUCUUAGCUUUCAUUUUAAGGAAUGAUGUUACAAGAUGAUUGGAUAGCAUAUAACCACAAAAAUCCAGUGCUCUGAGGAAUACAAGUUUUAAGUAUUUUACUAGAGAAAUAUUUUAAAAUAUUUUGUGUAAGUUAUUCUGUAUUUCCAUAUUUUUACUGGUCUGUAUCAAAACAAAAAGUGCUGUGCUCUUGAGUUGAUGCAUGAAUUAAAUGAGUUUGUUCUUCAGUAAA